CAUUAAAACGUAUUGUAAAGUAUUAAAGUAACAUGUAGAUCUUGCACUAUUGUAUAUGAAUCUAAAAGUUAUUCAUAAAGAGAUCCCCUUCAAGCAUUAAAGCUCUUUGGAUUAGUGAUGCAAGGCCCAUGAUGUACUCAACAGCUUUAGUGCAGUGUGGAAGGAGAGAAAUGAACCGCAUAGAUUUUAACCUUGAUUACUAAGCAGAGGGUGGAGGUGUACACACACACACAGAGAGAGAGAGAGAGUUAAAUAGAGAAGGAAACCAGGGAAAGAACAGGAAUAAGGUGAGAGGGGCACACUUCAAAACAUCUUGGUGGAUGAUUUCAGUUCUUUGUGUCGUUCAGCUGACCUUCCAUCCUUUCUUUCAUCUCAUCGACUGAUAUAUUGCAAAAUGGAAACAGAUUCUGUGACUUGCCCUCAGAAAUCUGAAUUCCAGGAUGAAUGCAGUAAUAAAGAAGAAAAAUCCCACUUAACUGAUGAUAGGGAAACAGCAGUAACACAAGAUCAUAUGGAGAAAGAUAAAAACACGACCAUAGACUCCCAAGACAUGAUAAACAAGGGUAAAGAAGCUAUUAGUGGGACAGCAGUUGAUAGCAGUUUUCCACCUCAACCCCACAAUCACCCCACCUCCUCACCAGUGGAUGGAGCCAUUGAGGCAACAGAGGAAGUCUUGAGCAGGACAGUUGAAAAUGACCCGAACGGUAAUCAAGAGUGGCCACUAGUGCCAGGACUGGAAGAAGAUAUCCAGCCAGAGAGGAAUGAGUGUCAGGCCAUUGAGAUUCAGGGUGAGGUGAAGGAAAACACUGAAACCAGUGAAGAUGUUCAGACAGCUGAAGUUACCAUAACAGAGGCAGACAAGGCCUCACCACAAAUACCAAAUGAAGCCUGUGAAAAAGAGGGACAUGAGCUUGAGUCACAUGGUGUCUCAGACUCGAUUGUGUUCCUAUCAGAAAACAGUGAAGUGCAAAAUAUAGGCUGCAAACCUGUGGACUUCGCCAACACCAAAGAGCAGAGGGUGAGACAGGACAGUCGUUGUGAUGAACCAUCAAACCUGACGUAUUCCACAAGCUCUUCAAAAAGUCUUCUCACUGAGACCGAACCUUUAUCAAGCACCCAAAGUGAAUCCAUGACUGAACCUGUGUUUAAUGCCGAGAACAUCCAGCAGGGGGAGCCUGAGGUAAGCAGCCCAAGCGGUCUGAAUGAGAAUGAGGAGGGGCAACAGGUGUGUGGUGUUGCUCCACCCUUAGAAACCAUUGCAGACAAGCCAACCAAUCCAGAGGAAGGUAACUCAGCUUGUAUCUCUACCGAAGUGAAAGAGUCAUUGGUAAUGCCACAAGGGAGGAGGGAGAGUAAAAGGGAGGAGAGAGAGAGCAGUGAAACAAUUGAAGAGCGAAAGCAAACAGUGUGUUUCACAGAAACAGGUGGGACCGAAGGAAAGCAGCUGGGGGAGGUUAAAGAUCAAAGACAGGAACGGGAAAACAACGGGCAGAGAGCAGAGUCCCAGUCAAACACAAAGCCUCAUCUGGGAGAAGGGAAAGUCAACAGAAUGCAGGUGGAUCAUUUUGAUGACAGCCAGAGCGAUAGUGGCGUAUCAGCUGAUUUCUCCCCCAGCAGCACAACAGAUGUCUUGGAGGGCCAUGAUAAUGAUGCUCCUCAGCUCUCUGAAUCUCCACCUAACGAAACUCCCAUUGAGAGGGAGAUCCGUUUAACCAUGAAGAGAGAGCAGAGUCUACGGCGUUCUCGAGGACUGUGCGACACCAUUGACAGGACUAAUGAGUUUGUGGAAAUUCCAGUGAGAAAGCCUAUUCUAUCCCAGGACCCUCAGAUAAGACCCAACCCGAGCCACGACAAAGACCGGCAGUUUGCUGGAAAGAAGAUGCAGAAGGAAAUUAGUGCCGAGACAGAGAGGGAGAAGGUUCUGGUUGAACUGGGCCGACUACCUGGGUUCUAUGACAAGGGAACAGAGGUACAGCUUCAAGACAAAAAGCAGCUUUUUGAGUCAUUUCAAGAGCUGAAGGAAUCGGUGGCAACCAUUAGCAGAAGAUCUGCCACCGUAGAGUCUGCCGCUGGAAUACAGGAAGCUGAUUCUACUGUUGAUGUUAAACAACUCCUAAUGCAAUUCUCACAAAAUUCUCCCACCCCACCAGUUACGACCCAGUAUGGAGCCACCAACGGUAACCUGCCUUCUGCGUUAGGACCUGGUCUAACUGAAGGAAUCAAGGGCCAGAUAAUCAUCAUAGAGGCCAAUGCUAUUCCCACAACUGUGGGAGGACCAAAUGGAGGUUAUAAGACAUCCUCAUGCACAGAUGGAGGAUCCGUGAUGCCGAAGAAUUCAACAGGUUCGAGGACUUCUGCCAAACCUUUCAGUGCAAGACAAGGUCCAAAUUUAGAAGUGACUGAAGAUGAAGACUCGAGUUUAGUGAGGGAGAACCCUUUCUUUAAGCUCCGUUCUUCUAUGACUCUGCAGUCUCAGGUGGAGCUGGACAUUAAGGAGGCAAAGGAAAGGGAACAAGAACUGCAGAGACAGAGAAACAGUCUUUAUGGAGGAGCAGCCACGCAUACAGAAGAAGGAAGAGGAACAGGAAUGGAUUUGAGGACAGAAUUUAGAGUGAGAGAGUUAAGGGGAACCUCUAGCCAAGAGUUUCCACCACCUCAACAGACUCCAACAGGCCGCCAAUUAGAGACGUUCACCACCACCACGUCAGUUCGUCAAUCCACUGGUAAACUGGACUUAACGUGGCCACCGCCCCAAGCUGAUGAAGAACAAAGACAACUGUCAGAGAAAACAGUAAAGAUCCCGAGGCAGAAAAAUCCAUUACUGGAGCGCUGGGAGUCAGGGAUGGUGAACGGCCGUGUGGACGAUGACGACUGAGACUGAAAACCAGCUACAGCAUCCUGACAUAUACAUUAUGGAGCAAAGUGUACCAGCCUAAAAUAAAGCGUAUGAACAAAUGAUCAGUUUUCCUAGAAACCCCUCUGAUGUGUUAAAGGAAACCAGUUUGAGUGCCACGUGCCAUUAUGGGUGGAUAAAGAGCAUCAAUUGCCUCAAAAAGACACUGCGAGUUGGUUAUCCAAUCUGAUAUUCCAUAACACACACUGUAUAAAUACCAAAUGAGCCAAACUGGUGUUAAUGGUAGUAGGUAUGGCAGUUGUUGUUGUUGUUUUUUUUUUUCAUGAGCUCAAAUGAUUUCAGUGUAAUGAUUGUCAUUUUGAAUGUAAUUUUCUGAUUUAGUUAUACAAAUGUUUAUAUUCACAUAGCUGCUCAUCUCAUAGUAACAAAACAGUCUAAAAGCCUGGAAUUCUCUAAGAUUACAUACGAAUUAUAUUUAAAUGAACAUUAUUUGAUAGACAUUUAAUUACUCAUUAGAAAAGCUAAAUUAUACUGGGAAAAGGCUUUAUUGAUGAAUGAUAAAAUAAAUAAAAUCUUGUUAAUCAGC